AUGUGGAAGCUCCACGACGAUGCCUCCAAGAAGGGAAACGGCGCCCUGAGGCGUCGCCAUCGCCGGCGCCGACCAGGUCGGGCAGAGCUUUCACCCGGAGCAAGCACCCUCCCGUCGAGGCUUCCUUCACCGGCAGGGAAGCCGGAGCAUGCCAUCAUGCGCGCCAGCACCGCCAACCACCUCGCCCACCAUGACACCGCCGCUGCCCGGGGCCGCCGCCCCGGCACACCACCACCAACCAGCAGCCGCUGCAACCUGCAGCACCUCCACGACCAGGGGCCCUCGCCGGCCAGCACCUCACCGCCACAAACGCCCGGACCUCCCGCGGCCGAGCUGGCCCGCAUGGCCCGGAUCCGGCCCGGCCAAGCCCGACCACACCCGGCGCCGCCGCGCCUCGCCACACCCGCACGGCCGCCACGUGCAGCCCGUAGCCAGCAGCGCCGCCGCGCUCGCCGCUGCCGCCCGCCGCCGCGCCUGUCGCAGACCGCAUCCCGCCGCCGCGAUUCCCCAAAUCCGCGAGCUAGCCUCCGCCGGCCGGAGAGAGGACAGGUCCUGCCGCCGCCGCUCCGCGCGGGCUUUGCCCGGCGGAGACCACCGGCGACGGCAGGGGAGGAGGGGACGGAGGGGGAGGGGUGCUUGCCGGCGGGUGGUGUCGCCGCCCGUGUCGCCCAGGGGAGGAGCGACGCGGGGGCCGUUUUGAAACACGCGAUAUAG